CAAGCCAAAAGCCAGUUCUGUUUCCUUCUCUCUCUCUCUCUCUUUUUUUUUUUUUUCCAAGCGCUUCUCAUGGCGGUCAACGAGUCGAUAUAAUUAUCAUCGAAACGCAGAGCACAACGCUUGAAACGCAGAACACACUCUCACACACAGCCGCCGGUCUCCGAGUGGUAUGGGGAGGAUGGGAGGUAAUUCCAGAACUUACUCGGCUAAUUCCAGCGAUUAUAAGCUUCUGGAAGAGGUUGGAUAUGGUGCGAGCGCUACUGUUUAUAGAGCGAUCUAUCUCCCUUUCAAUGAAGUCAUCGCCGUCAAAUGCUUGGAUCUUGAUCGUUGCAAUAACAAUUUUGAUGACAUACGUAGGGAGACGCAAACAAUGCACUUGAUAGAUCAUCCAAAUGUUGUAAGGUCGUAUUGUUCAUUUGUGGUGGAACGGAACCUUUGGGUGGUCAUGCCAUUUAUGGCUGAGGGUUCUUGUCUGCAUCUCAUGAAGAUUGCGUAUCCAGAUGGGUUUGAGGAGGCUGCAAUUGGUUCUGUUUUGAAGGAAACCCUUAAGGCUUUGGUUUACCUUCACAAACAAGGUCAUAUUCAUCGAGAUGUUAAGGCUGGAAACAUAUUACUUGAUACUAAUGGGAUGGUGAAGCUUGCUGACUUUGGUGUUUCAGCUUGCAUGUUUGAUGCAGGUGAUAGACAAAGGUCAAGAAAUACUUUUGUAGGAACACCAUGCUGGAUGGCACCAGAGGUACUGCAACCAGGAAAUGGAUACAAUUCCAAGGCCGACAUUUGGUCAUUUGGUAUAACGGCAUUGGAGUUGGCACAUGGUCAUGCACCAUUUUCAAAAUAUCCUCCCAUGAAGGUUCUCCUCAUGACCAUACAGAAUGCCCCUCCUGGACUUGAUUAUGACCGCGAUAAAAAGUUCUCCAAGUCUUUUAAAGAAAUGGUUGCAAUGUGCCUCGUAAAAGAUCAAACAAAGAGACCAACAGCAGAAAAAUUGUUGAAACACUCCUUUUUCAAGACUGCAAAACCUCCGGAGCUUUCUCUUAAGAAAUUGUUUACAGACCUGCCACCACUUUGGAAUCGUGUUAAAGCCCUCCAGCUUAAAGAUGCAGCGCAAUUGGCUUUGAAGAGAAUGCCUUCAGCAGAGCAAGAGGCAAUGUCACAGAGUGAGUAUCAGCGAGGUGUUAGCGCGUGGAACUUUGACGUUGAGGAUUUAAAGGCUCAAGCGUCCAUGGUGCGUGAUGAUGAUGAUGAUGAUGAUUUUUCGGAAAUGAUUGACACAGACGGAAAAUUGAAAUCCGUUUUUAGUUAUAAGGUUGCAACUGAUUGGAAAUCCAGUUUAGGGAAGUCGAAUGAAAAUAAUGAACCACCUUGGACUGAUUGCAAACGUGAAGUAAAUGGUGAUGACUCACAACAGGUUGAAUGCGUGAACAGAAAGGACAAGCAUCAUGAAAGUGAAACAUUGGAAUCUGGUGGUCAACAAGGGACAGACUGGAAGAAAAAUGGAUCAAGCUCUGAAGCAACAGCGUCUACAUCGGAAACAGACAUGGUACAGGCCAAGUCUAGAAUUGUAGCAGUGAAAAGUCGUCAAACGCGGAGUGGGCCGCUCACGCCUGGUGGUGUGCUUAAUCAUUCUUUAUCGGAGACGGGACGCAGUUUUGAAAGGAAUGAGAAUGAAAACCAACAAGCUAUCGAGAAAGCUAAAUGUGAAGUAAGACGAACUCCAAGCUUUAGUGGUCCACUGAUGCUCCCAAACCGAGCUUCAGCAAAUAGUUUAUCAGCUCCUAUAAAAUCUUCAGGAGGGUAUAGAGAUUCUUUGGAUGACAAGUCAAAGGCUAAUCUGGUGCAAAUAAAAGGGCGGUUCUCAGUGACAUCAGAAAAUUUAGAUCUUGUAAAGGAUAUUCCAUCAAGUACAACUCCACGUCGAUCUUCGCAGGGAUCACCUCUAAGAAAGUCUGCAAGCGUUGGUGAUUGGGUAUUUGAAUCUAGGCAAAUGCCUGUCAGUUCUCCCAAGGAGUUGAACAACAGCAGCAACGUUCCUGCAUCACUUCUCCUCCCUCACCUUCAGAAUCUUUUUCAGCAGACAUCAAUUCAACAGGAUAUUAUUGCGAAUUUGCUGAGUAGCUUGCAACCAGCUGAGGCAGUAGAGGCUACCCAAAAUGGAAAGUUGCCUCCACUGCCCCGCAGUUCUGAGAACAAUGGAAAUGUGGAACCUGCAGUUUCUGAGAGGGAGCGGUUACUGCUCCUCAAGGUCACGGAGCUUCAAUCAAGGAUGAACAACUUGAAUGAUGAACUGACUGCUGAAAAAAUGAGACACAUUCAAUUGCAACAACAGCUAAAUGCUGCAUCUGAGCAAGAAGUAAAUGGGAACAGAAGAUAAUAGGUGCAGGGUGCCUUAGAACCCAAACUUGUGAUUAGUGUAAAGUGGAUCCGCUAUGUACAUCCGAGCAAGAGCUGUAAAUCGCACAGAAUCUGUUCUCCACCAUUUUUUCAUCCAUGGCGAAUGGGAAUUAUGUAUGGCUCUGUUGAGAAAAGUAGAAGCAUGCAGAUUGCUUAGGGUAGCAUUGACGUUCGUGGAUCUCUUCUCUUCUGCCACUGUAUCAAAUAAGUCAGUUCCCUUGAGGAUUUCAGCCACUCGAGAUGAGCAAUAAGCGAGUUUCUGGAUUCACGAGGAUGAUGUGUUGUUCGAAUUGGGAACAUAGGUCCUUCCCUGCGGUGAUCCAACUCCCAGCUGGCGGUCAAAUUUGUUUUAAUAGACAUAAGCAUAUAGCAGACUCAAAGAAAGAAGCUAUAUACAUACAAUAGGGGUGUGAUUGUAUAAUAUAUUAUAAUUUUGAAACCUUUAGUAUUGCGUCAUUAUUUUUCUCCCAAACAGAAUCAGCUUGUAUAUGAUCGCAAUAGAACAGAAUGCUGUUUGUUAUUUCGUUCAUACUAAUUGUGCUCCUCCUGUUCCUAUA